AUAUUAUCAUUAGUCCAAAAUGAGGCCACACCAUAAUUUUCUCUCAUAUAUUCUUUUCUCCUUCUCUCUCUAAAAACACAUUAGCCAAUGAACCAAGUCAAUGCAAAUUAAAACAAAAACUCGAGCCUAAAACACCGUCGUAUCAAUCAUUUCGUUGAUUUUAAUGGCCGAAUUACCAGUCGAGGACGAUAAUAACUCGCAAGAAAAUCAACAGCCACAGAGUCAGUUAUUUUGCAGAGCUUUGAUGAAAAAAUGGGCUUCGCUCACUGUCUUCAUCGUUCUUCUCGUCGGCGCCUUCUUCUUCAAGAUUGACGUCACUGUUAUCAAAGAGAAUUUAUUCAGCACUACUACAACUACAAGUACUGCUGAUUUCACCAUUGAAAAUGCUCCACCUAAGCCCUCCAUCCUAAACUGCACAUCAAACACGUGUAACGUUCUAAAUGGUUCAACACCGUUCGAUCCACAUCAGCAAUCAUCAAAUGCCACGUGUCCAGACUACUUCCGGUGGAUCCACGAAGACCUGCGGCCGUGGAAAUCCACCGGAAUCUCAAGGGAAACCCUAGAAAAUGCUAAAAGAUACGCAACUUUCAGAUUAGCGAUUAUUAACGGAACGGCGUAUUUGGAGAGAUAUCACCGGUCGUUUCAGACUAGAGAUUUGUUUACGCUAUGGGGUAUUUUACAGCUUUUAAGGUUGUACCCCGGCGCUGUACCCGAUUUGGAGCUGAUGUUUCAAUGCGGUGACUUGCCGGAGAUCGAAAACGCUGAUUUGAACGCCGAUUUGCCGCCUCCUGCAUUGUUUCAAUACUCUGGAAAAGAUUCGGCAGUUUCUAUCAUCUUCCCUGAUUGGUCCUAUUGGGGUUGGGUGGAGGUGAAUAUAAGACCAUGGGAAAGCAUGUUAGAGGGAAUAAUAGAAGGGUGUAAGAAGAAGAAAUGGGAAGACAGAGCUCCAUAUGCUUACUGGAGAGGGAAUUAUCAUGUUAGCCCUAAUAGAAAAGAUCUCUGGAAAUGUAAUCCCUCAUUCUUUCAUGAUUGGCAUGCUCGUCUUUAUAACCAGAAUUGGGGCAAGGAAACACAUCGCGGAUUUAAGCAUUCGCAUUUGGAAGAUCAAUGUACCUACAGAUAUAAAAUUUAUGUGGAAGGAAGGUCAUGGUCAGUGAGUGACAAGUAUAUAUUAGCAUGUGAUUCCAUGACUUUGCUCAUCAAGCCUGAUUAUUAUGGUUUCUUCCUAAGAAGCUUGGAACCAAUGCAACAUUAUUGGCCUAUCAGGAAGACAAACAAGUGCAAAGAUAUCAAAUUUGCUGUGGACUGGGGCACUAUUCACCCUGAUGAGGCAGAGAGAAUCGGAAAAGGCGGAAGCAAAUUCGUCCAGGAAAAUCUGAAAAUGGAACAUGUCUAUGACUACAUGUUACAUUUAUUGAGAGAGUAUGCAAAAUUGUUGAAAUUCAAACCAGAAAUACCUAAAGAAGGAGUUGAAGUAUUGUGUGUAGAAUCAAUGGGAUGCAACGAGGGUGGUUUGAUAAGAGAGUUCUUGGAGGAGUCAAUGGUAUUAUCUCCAAGUACUACACUUCCUUGUGCUAUGCCUCCUCCAUAUGAACCUUCCGCUCUUAAAGACCUUCUUCAGAGUAGGGAUAAUGCUACUAGACAAGUUAUGACAUGGGAGCACGAGUACCGCAAAAAAAGAAAUUAAAGCCGGUAAGAGCGCUCAACGUAGAUCCGAUAGGUUUUGGGUUCAGUCACCAUGAUGGCAGAAAAGAAAAACUUAGAGAAACUUAUAGGUUAGGAGUGUCUUCUUUUUCUCUCAUGUACAUUAUUCUUUUUGAGAUUUUUCGAUUAGUUAUUUAUAAAAUGUAAAAGUGGAAAAUAGAGAGGGAAAGAAAAUUAUGGAAAAUGACAAUAGGAAAUAAAAAUUUACAAAUAUAAUACAUUGAUUGUUAGUUCAAUUGAUACUUAGAAAUGAACGUCAAUUUUAUGCUUUA